AUGAAGCAUUGGAGCGCAGAAGCCUUUGCAAGGAGGUCGCGGCUGCAGUGGCAGUGCAUCGACUGCUCGGGCGCUUGCAGCCUGGACGAGGCCUUGGCAGAGCACGUGCAGAAGCUGGUGGAGGCCAAGCAGGAGCAGGACGGCAAGGACCAAGAGCUCCGCCAGGUCGUGAGUCCACACCUCGCAGCCCGGGCCGCUGUUGGAGUCAGCCAAGAAGAGCUGGGCCUCGCCGACAAGCUCUUACGGUCGAGGGACAAAUUCGCCUCCGUGUCCGGGAUGACGAUCAAGCUUCUCAGGCACGCGCAGAAGCUAAAAGCGAAGCACGAGGAGCUUCUUCGGAAGGCCUUUUUUAAGGCUUAUGAUGGGAGGCGGGAACAGCCCAGCCCACAUCUUCGGGUGGAGCAACUCCUUCAGCAGAAGGCAGAUCCGAGCUCUCCGGAUCGGCUCGGCCGCACAGCCCUCAUGGUCGCUGCUUUCAGCGGCCACCUCAAGGUGGUCGAGGCCUUGCUGAAUUCCGGAGCCCAGCUGGAGGCCCGCGAGGAGGGAGGCCGCACCGCCCUGACAAUUGCUGCAACGAGCGGCGCAAAGCAGGGCCACCUGAACGUGCUCGCGGCGUUGCUGAAGGGCGGAGUUUCGCCGGAAGGUCGAGAUGAGAGAGGGCGCACGGCCCUCGUCUCUGCUGCCGGGCAGGGCCUCGAGAAUGUGGUCGAAUUUCUGGUGAGGGCCGGGGCCCAGCUGGAGGCCCGCGAUGAGUCUGGCAACACAGCCCUCACGUUGGCUGCAAAGAAUGGCUACGUGGAGGUGGUCGAGGUGUUGCUGAAGGCUGGAGCUCAGGUGGAGGCUCGAGAUGAGCAUGGUGACACAGCCCUGAUGUCAGCCGCUGCAGACGGCCACGCGAAGGUGGUUGAGGCGUUGGUGAAGGCCGGAGCCCAGCUGGAGGCUUCUAGUGGGGGUGGCACAGCUCUCACUGUCGCUGCAAAGUUUGGCCGCCUGAGGGUUGUCGAGGCGUUGCUGAAGGUCGGAGCCCAGCUUGACCUUGAGGCCCGCGAUAAGACAGGUAAGACAGCCCUCAUGUCCGCCGCAUUCAACAAGUUCCCGGAGGUGGUCCAGGUGCUGGUGGAGGUGGAGAUUCCCGGCCCGGCGCAGCGGAAUCCGUUCCGGAUCCACGCCUCGGCUGCUGAGUCCUUGCGUGCAGCUGGAAGAGGUGGAAUCUCCCGCGCUCCGAGGAGUCGGCGAGGUUGUGCAGCGGGUUGGCCGUCGGAACACCGUUGA